CAAAACUCUCUAACUUAUAAUACAACAUUAUGAAUACAGCUAUCAUAACCUUAAAGAAACAAUUACGUAAAGAUAUGACAGCUCGAUUAGAACAACUGUCAACUAUAGAACUAAAACGACAAUCCGAUGAAGUAUUUCAAAAGUUACAAGAGCUCGAUUGUUUCAAAAAAAGUCAAAACAUUAGUAUUUAUAUCAGCAUGCCAACCUGUGAAAUCAUGACAACCGAGAUUAUUCACCAUGUUUUGACAACAGGUAAGAAUUGUUUUAUACCUCGUUGUACAAAAUCAACCAUGGAUAUGGUAAAGUUGGCAAGUCUAGAGGAUUUUAAUUCACUCCCUAUGAAUAAAUGGAAUAUACCUGAGCCAAGAUUAGAUGAACCGAGAGAAAAUGCUUUAGAUGAAAAUGGAUUAGAUUUAAUACUAGUGCCUGGUGUUGCAUUUGAUAAGAAUAAGAAUAGAAUUGGACAUGGGAAAGGAUAUUAUGAUCGUUAUAUUAAAAAAUGUAAUGCUUGGGCUGAUGAGCAUGGUUCCCAACGCCCAAAGACAGUGGCUCUUGCUUUAAACGAACAAGUAGUUAAUGAAGAUAUUAUUCCUGUUGAAGAAACUGACCAAAAAAUAGAUUGUAUAUUAACUCCUAAAAGUAUUAUAUGUUAAAUGUAUGUAUAUUAUACAUUAUUGUACU